AGGCAGGAAGGCCUGGGGCUGAUAGCACUGGCAGGAAGGAAUGCAACUCGGGUGAGUGUGAGCAAGUGGGGCCCAGGGACGAGUCACGCCCCGCCCCUUCCCGUCAUGAAGGUGUGGCCAGGCCUUUCCCACAGCCCUCUUCCCCUGCCCAGCCCGUGGCCUCGGCACAGUCCACACACAGCUCGCCUUGCAACUGACAAGCCUCGGGACCACAGGGAAGGCCAUGGAGACUUCAGGAUUCUCCUCCCAGACUCAAGACCACAGUCGAGUCCACGGAGAAACAGAAGAUCUACACAAUGGAGAGACGGAUUUCCACAAGCAAGACAGGGAGGCGGGACUUUCUUCUCAAGACCAACAUGAGAAAGACAAGUCUUCUUCCUCCUCCUCUUCUUCUUCCUCCUCCUCUUCUUCCUCUUCUUCCUCCUCUUCCUCAGAAAGCAGCGAUGAGGACCAGAACCCCAGAGAAACCAGAAAACGCCGGCAGAGCCAGGGGGCUGGACACCACCACAGGGGCAGCUCACCCGGUGCUGAGCAUGGGCAGCCUGACAUUUUGAAAAAUGAGCUUCAACUCUAUGGAGGUGCCUCUGGGGAAGUGAUGCUCUCUGGAGAAUCAGGACUCCGAAGGAGAGACUCAGACCUAGCAAGUGGAGAAGUGGAAGCCUCUCAGUUAAGAAGACUGAAUAUAAAGAAAGAUGAUGAGUUUUUCCACUUCGUCCUCCUCUGCUUUGCCAUUGGGGCCUUGCUGGUGUGUUAUCACUAUUAUGCAGACUGGUUCAUGUCCCUUGGGGUCGGCCUGCUCACCUUUGCCUCCCUAGAGACCGUCGGCAUCUACUUUGGUUUGGUGUACCGGAUUCACAGCGUCCUGCAAGGCUUCAUCCCCCUUUUCCAGAAGUUCAGGCUGAUGGGGUUCAGGAAGACUGACUGAGGCCAGUGCCAGGCGGACAGCCAAGCUAGGCCCCAGUGUGACUACCACUACAUCUUCUGAGCACAGAGCAAUGUUCUGGAAGACACACAGGCAGGCCAGGCUCGGGCAAUAAAGAGAGCACUUUUCCUUCUACGUGAUCUGAACAUUGGCGA